AAAGAAUUAACAAAAUCCCACUAAAAUAUAUCUCCUACUUCUAUCGAGUGCUUGCACUUGAGACAGAUAGCAGUCGACUCCAUCGCGGAUCCGCCCUCAGGUCGGCAUAUCCGCCGUACUGUCUCCACUCAGUUCGGCCAUUGCGCACAGGAUACGGGCCGCCCACGGAUCGCGCACCAUCAAACAGCGGACUCGCUGCGGACACAAGGCGGAUCCGCACAUCGAACGCACCCUUUUCCGCCCCAUUUCAAAUACUGCAGGCAGCAGACAGCCUACCAUUAGGACCCAAGCAACAGGGGGCAAUAAAAGGGGGUGGGAAGUUCACCUGGGCCUUUCCUCCUGUAUGCAGACAAACCUGAGAGAGCAGCUCGAGGCCAGCCUUUGUUUGGUGACUGAUUUGAGCUUUAACCUCGCUGCACUGUGAGAAGGCGGUAACGUGUAACAGAUCCGUGAUCCCUACAGACGGCCUGCAGUUCAGAUAAAAUGAAUAGAAAGACGGGGCCCGUCUCCAGGUCCACCGUAACACGGAGGGCCCGUCAAAAAGUUGAAAGACUUUCAGAAAUGAGGGAUAACUGCUCAAAUCUGACUGCCUUUCAACGGACACUAGAGAGGGAACACCAAGAUGUCGGAGAGUUUUUUGAAGAAAGUCUAAAUUGUACAGAUGAGCCAACUUGUCGCGACGCUGCAACUGGAGUAGUCUUUCGUGAGGACGGGGGCAUGGAAGUCAAACCUGGACCUGACUGGAAGAUGUAUGAUGUCAGAGUAAUUAAAUCAUGUGGUAAUUGCUUGGAGACACGACAUCGUUUGAAGAAAUCUUGCAACACAUCUGAUCUACAGUCAGAAGAGUCAAUUCAAAUAAAGAGAGAGCCAAAGCAGAUUCAUAUCUUCGGGGACUCUGAUGAUGAUGAUGAUGACGACGAUGAGAAGAAAAAUCCUCCAAAAAAGAAAGCCAGAGGUCCAACCACUAGCAGCACAGUUGCCCCGCCUCCACCUCUUCCACUCUCUCCAUCACCUCCACCUCUUCCACUCUCUCCAUCACCUCCACCGUUGGAAAGUAGAAGACGAGCAGGAGAGCAAACGCCUUCUGCCAGCCAGGUGUACAGACCUACUUGGCGAGGGGGGCGGUGUGGAUCAGACACCAUUGUCUGCUCUGCUGCUGAAGCUCAUAUUAUGAGCUUACUGGAGAACAUGAAACACCAGCAAGACCUAUUGAUUACCAGAGUAAACUAUCUCACCAACAUGCUACACCCAACUGGCCAAGAAGUGGAAGUGGCCGACCCAGAACAGUUCCCGUUGAACUCACUGGAGGAAGUGGUACUUUUUGAGGACCGCCUUAAAGAUCCCUUAAACUCUCAGCUGAAGAAGAGUGUGAUUUCUUCCCUGGCAACCAUCGGAGGACAUGACAUCAAACAUGUUACACGGAACAUCCUUGCCCGCAUGUUCAGUGAUGAUGUUGGGAAGAGAAUCAACUGGAAAGGGGUAAAUGGGAAAAAGUCCUUCAGCCAGAUGGAGUCGAAGACUUUGCUCCUGCAUGCCGUCAGAAAGAAUCAUGUCUCGUGUGAUGCCACAGAUGAUGAGAUUCUGAAACACGCAAUUAGGUGGUUCAACCUGGCAGCAGACAGGGGAAGCUCCAGGAGGCGUGUCACUGUCCGCAUCCCCACUGAACAGGCCUAAACAUGUGUUAUACAUGUGAUGUUGUACAUGUCAUACAUGUGAUGUUAUACAAUCCUUGUAAAUGGAUUUCAUUUAAUAAAAAACUUUGAUACUUUUCAUGGUUACAUUUAUUUUUCAUUCUAUUCAGUAAAUGGGCUGUAAUGGCCUUUCUUUUUUUAAGAUAAUGUUUUGCCUUUUGUUAGAUGGUUGGGAUUAGAACCCAGGGAGCUGAUGAAAGGACUGUUAUUAUUAGAGGAUUUUAUUGUUACUUGCAGAGUCCACUGUUGGAUAUAAAUGCACCUGGGAUUUUACACAAACUACGCAUUUAUGCUCUCCAGUGUAACUGUAGAUUUUAAGUCUUGAAUAAAUUACACAUAUUAUUAAUAGAGCAAUAUAGAUGUUGGUCAGCUUGAUUUGAGAUAUUUAUGUAGUUGGUUUUGAGUAAAGGAUUCGCGUCAUGA